UUGUCAUGUGCCAAUCACAGAGUUAAGUUUCACUUUUGUUUUCUGCUGCUGAAGAGUGAAACGUCUGGUCAUGUCUCUCCCAUUCGCUCACCUUUUUCCCGGUUUAUCCCCACCUGUGAUGCUGUGCGUUGAUGAAUACAAGACCACAGCUAAAUAAACCACCUGUAACUUGGAAGUCUGUGUCCGUGUUCUUUAACGGGGACGCACGCCUAUACCUUACCACUCUGGACCACUAUUCCAAGGAGUGCCCCACUCCGUUACAAAACAGUUAAUGUAUGCUGUGGCAAUGAUCACACACAUUUUAACCGGUGAGUGAUGGAGACGAGAGAGUUGACCGUGGUAGCUGGCAGCUUUGUGGGUUUCCAGGUUCUCUUCUCGGUGGCCAGCCCGCUGCUCUCCUACGCCAUCACACCAGGUUAUGGACGCCUGCCUUCCACUAAGCUCACAGAGUGGAACUCCAGGUUGGUGUCGACCGUGCACGCCUUGGUUGUGGGAUUAUUCUGUCUGUACAUCCUGCAAUAUGAUGAUGCUGUGAACGCCAACCCUGUCUGGGGUGACCCCAAUCUUGUGAAACUAAAUGUAGCCAUAACCUGUGGCUACCUACUUUAUGACCUUGUGCUGCUUGCAUGUAACUGGAGCACCUUGGGGGAUAGCUUUUUCGUCUGUCACCACUUGGCGGCGCUCUAUGCAUACGGAUAUGUGCUGACACGUGGUGUGCUUCCGUACUUUGCCAACUUUCGUCUCAUUUCAGAAUUGUCCACACCAUUUGUGAACCAAAGGUGGUUCUUUGAGGCAUUAAAGUACCCCCGCUCACACCGGCUGGUGGUGUUGAAUGGCGUCGCUAUGGCGGUGGUGUUCUUCCUGGUUCGCAUUGCUGUCAUGCCGUCUUACUGGUUCAGCGUGUUUGCCACCUUUGGGACCCAAGACUUUGAGCGGCUGGGCAUGGGAGCCCAGGUGGCUUGGAUCACCUCCUGCAUAGCCCUGGAUAUCUUAAACACUGUCUGGAUGUAUAAAAUCACCCGUGGGUGCUACAAAGUUCUGACUGGGCGUGGGAGAAAGAGCAAAGAAGGAGCAGAGGCAGUGUCUACCUCUGACAAGAAGCAUGUCAACAACCACACAGACUGAAGAGGUGCAAAGCAGAAGGACAUGUAGACACAGGUAAAAGCAGGGAAGGAGGCUGGACAUCCAGGAAUCACACAGCUCUCUUUCUUUUGCUGUAGCCUCAGCGUACCUCCCUCCACCCUCAAAUCUCAUAUUCAACCCUCCUUGAUCUCUGUGUCAGCGAGUGGACCAGGCUUAGAGUCUUUGGGUUUUGCGCCCAAAUAUAGGACAAGGACACCGCUCUUUGUCUCACUGAAGCACCAGCCUUUGCAGCCACUGACCGAUCAAGUAACCUAAUGGGUGUUAGCUUUCGGUUGCGGACGACAAGGUAGAUCUCACAAGCACACUUUUACCCUGUAUGUCACCGCCUCUCCUCCCUUCCACGAUUUUCUUGCUCAUCACCUCUUAUGCUCAACUUCAGCCAAAGCCCAACCCUCUGAAGUGCCUGUGAAAGACAGGGAGGCAAUAAUUGUGGAGGAACAGGAUCACAAAGUCUAUCAGAGCUCACCCCAUUCAGAAGACAACCACCCACCCGCUCACUAUUACCCUCCUCCCGAACCACCUGAGACUUCUUCUUCUCUUGUUAAUUGUCCGUCCGCACUCGAGGAGACGUGGCCGACAGAAAGAAGAACUUUCUCAUCAGACAGUGUUUGAGAAUCAAUAGGGCUCUUGUUUUAUCUCAUCAGACCUCACAAAAAGAGACAACAAAAACACCUAAAUGCCUCUUUGACAGUAUCACCUGCUGUGGCCUCCUUGUAACAAGUGGCGCCUGCCUAGAUCACCAGCCAUGCCCCUCCAACCUCCUUCAGAUUUGAAUUAGUUAUCAAAAACCAAGAGUAUGCAUGCAGGAGGAAGAGAGACACUCUCCAACAUCUUUAGGUUGUCACAAGACACUUUUGCCUUUUCAGUAUUCAUUGUGUUUGCAGCACUGUGCUGUAUUUCUUUCUUUCUUCUCAUUUUCUUUCACACAGCUUGACGUUUGAAGCAUCUGAAAAUAUGUCUAAUUUCUGUAACAUUCAUAGGUACCAUUGCCUCGCUGAGUUGAGCUCCACCAUCCAGCCCAUACCUCUAGUUUUGUUCUACCUCUCCCCAGACUCCCUCAAUCCAUUCAAGAGAUUUUUUUCUUUCUACUGUAAAGAUUUAUUGAGCCUUUAAAAUGUUAUCUCCUGUAUUAUCACUAAUUCCUCCCCCUCUCUUUUACCAUCUCCAGAGCUUAUGCCAGUGAAGGCAGCGAGUCAUUGCGGCAUCAUUUCUCUCACUGAACUGUGUUCAGUCAGAUCACAAUAAUCCUGCAGGCUUUAACGACUGAACCUAGCUCCUUUUUUCUUCACCAACUCUUACAAAUUAAUGUGGGAGUCGAGCAUUAAAAAGUCAACACUAAAAUGAUCUGCAUGAACACUUUCUGCUACCUUCCCCCAAGUUUCCACAUGCAUAGCAAAGUGUGCAAACUACACUGUAUUUGGUGCCCUUCUAAAACACCUCUUCCUUUUUGCAGAAUGACAGCAAUAGGAAUGCUAGCAAUAUGAAAUUUGUAAUCAAUAACUUAUUUGGAUGUACCAACAUGUGACAACAAUAGGGUGUCACUGUCAAAAGCAAUGCGGCAGUCUGCAUGUUUUAAUUUUCUUUAUGAACUGUACUAUCACAAAGAGCAUGUUAUGAUUGGCAUUCUUCUGUGAAUAGUCAAGAUAGAUGAAGAACAUCUAGAUAUUUAUUGCAUUAAUCUAAUGCUUAACCGGGGUCUGUCUUCCAAAGCAGUUUUUUUUUUCUUCUCAGAGCAUUCUGAGUGCAUGUAUUUUUAUUUCUCUCUCCUCUCUCUGCAUGUCUGUACAGUAUCUUUACAUACAGUACCUACGCAGAUGCCCCCUGCUGGAUAACUCGCUACACAUUACCAUAUUCUCAGUCUGCCAGUUGACAUUACACGGUUUCAAAAAUUCACAAUGUCGUCUGGUGAUGCAGUCCACUGUCAGCAGACACUUAUGAAUACAUCGCUAAUAUCUUGACAGACAGAGAUACAAGAUGAUGUUUCCGGUUUGGCUUUUGUCAAACAAAAAGAAAUACACAAAAAUGAACAUUUUUACGCCUGUUUAUGCUUCAAAGAGUACUCCACCAAUUUAGCAUUAUUAUCCUAUUGUCAGACAUUUCUUUUAAAGGAUUACGGUUAAUGUAGCAGAAUCAGACUUGUCAGCAAGGUUUCCAUCCAAGUAGUCCAAAACCUCUAUGUAAAUUUGAAGAGUUGGCACUUCAAAAUAUACAGCUAUAAGUGCUAAUUCUCUAUGCACUAGUUUUAGUUAAAUUAAAUAUUUUUUUCUACAUUAAGCUACGAUAGGCGACUUUGAAAAGCAGUCAUUUAAACAUGAAAAAAAGCUUCUUUUUUUUUAACACACACACACACAUUCACAAAGCUCCCCCUGGAGCUCACAAGGCUUGUCUAUGACAACAUUUUUUUACACAUGCAGUUAGCACUCUCCAAGAUGUUUCGUUGUCAUGUAAAUAUCGGUGGAGGUCUCUUUCCGGUCUUUGUAUCUGUAGUCUAUAGCUGGUUAUAAUAGUCAGAGAAUGUCUGGUGGUGUUUUCACUGUGGAACUCUAAAGCACACUCCCUGUGGAGCAAUAACUCAGCGAUCUCCUGUAUUUCUUUCUGUCACCACAGAGGAGGGGCUACAUAUCUUGUGCCUUUUACACAAAUAGUGGAUGUGAUGCAGCCAGAUUUUGGAUUAGCAUGAUCUUUGUAAUGUAAUAUCCAGUGAUUAUCUCCUGUAUUCUACAUGUAUACUCUGUAUAUAUUUUUGUAAUUUGCCUGCACAAUAAUUAAUCCGGCCAAGUAUUAUAAUCCAAAGCUGAUCCCUCUCGGGGAGCCUAUUUUGUGUUGAAUUCUGUGCCCUCCUGAAUAAAUACGAGGGUAUGUCUCCAUGAAUGUUGUGAUGGGAUAUCAAGUGGCAUUAAGAUAAGCUCACAGUGUCAAAGGUGAUCAGAAAAGAAAUCAAUCUUUACUUUUGACAUUAAUCGUUUGAAGACACAGGUAGUUGAUGGGAAGGCUAGCAUCUCAUUUAUCUGCCAACCCAAUUGCAAAGCUGUGAAUAGUUGCAGGAAAAACUUUCAUGUAGUUCAGUAACAACUCUAAAAUAAUAACACUUGGAAUGCACUGUGGGAGACCGGCCGAGCACUGAUGCUGAUACACUUGUUGUAGCAGCGUCCUUGUGCUUUUGGAAGAGUUUAUACAUUUUAGGAAUGAUAGUAUGUUGCCUAGUUGGAUUUGAGGAACUGAAGGAUUUUGUAUUUGUCAGGGUUUUCUACAGAAUAUAUUUCAAGACCUGAUUUUUGUGCAGAAUCUAGCACACUGCAGCUGUUUGAAAAUCAAAUCGACAGAAGGAAUUGAUGACUGAGAAGGCUGCUAUUGUAAGGCCAUGACCUGUGUUGAAUCAGGUUUGAACAACCACAUUGCCUUUGUCUUUAGGGAGGCCAAUGUUCAUUAUAAUAAUAUAUAAUGAAUAUAUUUUAAAUAUGUAUCACAUAGGUAUUUACAGGUGUAUAUUUAUCUGUAAUCACGUGUUAAAACCAGAUGUGCACUGGGCUAAUUACCUUCAGUUUUGACUGUGUUUGAUUUGGAUUGCAGGAUGCGUCUUCUUUCUUAGGUACAUUAGAACAAAGCUGCACCACAAUCUGGUACUCCAAGCAUGUACUGUGCCUGGUUUCUCAAGGUAACACGGGGUUCUUAGCCACCCAUUACGUCUACCCCAUUUUGUUCUUCUGAAAUACUUGAUUACAAGUUUAAUCCUAGUGCACAAUGAAAAAAUGGAUUGAACAUUUGUAUAAUGUUAGAAAAUUACUGGGAUAAUUGGAGACAAGCUUAUAAUCAAAUACCUUGCCAGUUUGUUUUUCUUUGAAUGACUUGCUAUUUUUGGCCUAUGUUCAUCUCUACUUUGUCUACUUUUAUUUGUCUUUUAAUGCAAUGCAAUUUCUUGUUCUGAUCUAUCUUUGUUUCUCAGAGAUUUUAAUGUGAAACAGCCUACACACAGGCUUUGGAGUCCUAGUCUGAGCAUUACCUUGUGACUUGGAUUGUUGUUGUCAACAGUGACCACUACUAAUGAUCAUGUAACUGUAGUGCAGGAAGCUGAGACUUACUUGAAAGUGUUGCUCUUCAAUAAAAGUUGAAGACAAGAGAAA